UACCAAAUGAUUUCACUCAUCUGUGGAGUAUAACAACAAAGCAAAACUGAAGGAACAGAACAGCAGCAGACUCACAGACUCCAAGAAAGGACUAUCAGUUACCAAAGGGAAGGGGAUUGAGGGGCAUUAUGAUUGGCACACAUGGUGUGUGUGGGGUCACUAGGAAGACAGUGUAGCUCAGAGAAGACAAGUAGUGACUCUGUGACAUCUUACUACACUGAUGGACAGUGACUGCAAUGGGGAGUGGGGGAGACUUGAUAAUGUGGGUAAGUGUAGUAACCACAAUGUUUUUCAUGUGAAACCUUUAUAAGAGUGAAUAUCAAUGAUACCCUAUUAAAAAUAUAUAAUAAUAAUAAUAAAAGAUACCAAUGUCCAGGCAAAAGUAAUAAAAUAAAUAAGCAAGGGAACUUACUCAAGGCUUGUCUUGGGUAGCUCCAAGAUGAAUAGAUUUUUGCAGCCUCCCUCCCAGAUCUUAAGGUUUAUAUAGAAGUCUUAAGUGGGUUCAGUCACAUUUACCAUCCAAAUGGUCUCAACAACGCUCUACCCUCUCAAGGCUAUGUCCUUGGAACAGUUCCCACUGUGGAAACAGUUGGCAGAAUGUACAUUCCAAAGGACGGGAGAGGGAGGGGAGCCUCCAGUUAUCCAUGUCCAGCCCCAGGAUCAACAAGCAGUCAUGUUCUUUUGAUUAUCUCCUCUCAGUGGUGUGUGUUCCAUUCCAGGUAUAGUACAUUUUAACAGGUCCAGCUUGCAGCAGGACAACAGGAUCCCAGUGGAGACUGAGUAGUUCCCCUGAAAUAACACCCAUCCUGGAAAGAUGUCCCAUUGCAAAUUCCAGUAGAUAAUGCCUCUCCCAGGACUAUGGCUUCUGCAGCAGCAGAGGCAGAGAAGGGGUCUUCAGUGGUGGUGGGACUGCUGGUCGUAGGCAACGUCAUUAUUCUGCUGUCAGGCCUGGCCCUGUUUGCUGAGACGGUAUGGGUGACAGCCGACCAGUACCGCGUGUACCCACUGAUGGGCGUCUCAGGCAAGGACGACGUCUUCGCUGGUGCCUGGAUUGCCAUCUUCUGCGGCUUCUCCUUCUUCGUGGUGGCCAGCCUUGGUGUGGGUGCCGCGCUCUGCCGCCACCGGUCCAUGACCCUCACGUACCUGGUGCUCAUGCUUACGGUCUACAUCUUUGAGUGUGCCUCCUGCAUCACGUCCUACACCCACCGGGACUAUAUGGUGUCCAACCCAUCCCUAAUCACCAAGCAGAUGCUGACCUUCUACAGUGCAAACACGGACCAGGGUCAGGAACUGACCCGCCUCUGGGACCGCAUCAUGAUUGAGCAAGAGUGCUGCGGCACAUCUGGUCCCAUGGACUGGGUGAACUUCACGUCCAUCUUCCGGACCGCCACGCCGGAGGUGGUGUUUCCCUGGCCCCCACUGUGCUGUCGGCGAACUGGCAACUUCAUCCCCCUCAAUGAGGAAGGCUGCCGCCUGGGCCACAUGGAUUACCUGUUCACCAAGGGCUGCUUUGAGCACAUUGGCCACGCCAUCGACAGCUACACGUGGGGCAUCUCGUGGUUUGGGUUUGCCAUCCUCAUGUGGACGCUCCCUGUGAUGCUGAUUGCCAUGUAUUUCUACACCACGUUGUGAGAAACCAGAAGGGAAGGCCACGUGCAAACUUCAGCCUCCUCCCCCUGCUCCUGCUUUCCUCUGGCUGAGGCCUGGACGGCCACCUCCCUCCCUCCUUCCCCAUUCUGAGCCCUGCUGGGACUUGGGGGUGCCCUAAACCUCCUGGACAGGUGUGCAUGGACCCUUAGCCCUUGGCCUCAUUUCACUUGGCUGAUUCCUGGCCCAUCUUUCAGCAUCAAAUCAAAGUCCUGUCCUCAAGGGACCCCUCCCUGACCCCGCCACCCCAACCACCAAUGCCUUUAUUGUAGCUGCCUGAGCUCCCUCAGGGCAGGUGUUGCUGUUAUUGCUGAAUAGUUUGCGGUUGUUUAAGCUCUGAUAGACUGGGAUUGCUGUGCGGGGAGGGACGAGUUCUGUCCUGGCCACUUUAUUGUCCCGAGCAUCAUCCAGCACAGGGCUGAGUGUGGAAAUUCAAUAAAUCCUGGUUGAAUGAA